AUGGACGCUGAUGCUCCACCUACCCCUCCGCCUUCUCAUGGACAUUCAUUCCCAACUGGAGUAACGGAUUCGCCCGCAACUCCUCUCAGCGUCAAUACAUCCGCAUCCUCUUCAGCGACAUCCUCAUUAACAGCAGGAGGCUUCUCUAUUUCGAUUUCGGAAUCAGAAUCUGGUGCAGGUGUUGCAGCAGCACCGGUUCCGUCAUCAGGAGAUUCAUCCUCGUUAUUGGAUCUCAACGUGGACGUAUAUGGAGGCAUGGAUCAGGUGUACCUCAAGGCAGCUGGCAUGCGCAGUGACUUCACCAUCACGUUUGGCGCUACAACUGACUAUUUCUCCAAGCAUGCUGUGGAGGAGGAGAAGAGCAGCUCCAGGCGGAAUUCUGGAGACCCAGAGAGCUCCGCCAAUGGGAAGCGAGCUCGUCUUGACCUCUCCAACCUCCCAGGCGGAAUCGAGACAUUCAAACUCGUCGCAUGCUUCUGCUACAGCGUUCCCAUUACAAUCACCCCUGAUAACGUCACAGCUCUCUACUGUGCAGCGAUUUACCUGGAUAUGAGAGAUGACCCUCGAGCUGCCAUGUGCGGUGGUCCCUAUGACUGUAACCUGCUUACCCUAGCGUCUCGCCACCUCACCUCGUAUCUCUCUCACCCCCGGGCUGCUCUGACUGUUCUUCAAUCGUGUGAUGCCAGCUCAGCGAUCCGGGCGAGUGCUGAGUCAGCAGGGCUGCUGCUGACCACUGUGAACGCGGUCGCACGAUUGGUAGUGAAAGAAGCGGGGAAAGGUGACGACGCUUAUGACGGUCCUGAUGCCGCUGCUGUCAAAACAGAUAAGGCAGGCAGGGAAGAGAAGGACAAGGAUAAGGUUGCAGAUGGAGCUGCAAGUGAAGCGGAGGAAAAGACGGACUCGGCUGGCGCAGGACCGCUGUGGCUGUCACCCCAGUUGCUGCAUCUGUCCCUCCCCACGUUCGUCCAGCUGCAUGCUGCUCUAAGCUCCCUGGGCAUGAGUGCGCUGCAUCUCUUUGCUCUGCUUGAGGCCUACUGCAACACGUGGCUGCCAUUCCCUGUGGUCAGCUCUUACGAUUUCACUGCUGUCAAUUUCUGUCAAUGGGACGUCCCAUCCACGUCCACAUCACCUGCAGCCACGUCAGCAGACGCCCAGACUACUUCCACAUGGAAGCCAACCCUGGAAGCAGCAGUAGCGCUGCUCUUUGCACUCUCAGCUGGGCCCUCCGCAACAGGGCAGGCUGGAAAAGGGGCUGUGGGGCUGCCGUCCAUUCAGCUGCUGGUGCGACUGCUGCGCCUCUGCCCUGAGGUCGAUGCCAGCAAGUCUGCCAAGUCGCGCCUGCAAACCCAUCCCCGUCAUCUCUUUCGAGUGCAACUGGCUGCUCCUACUUUUUCAAAACUAUGUUCCAUUUCGUUACCACCCGUCCCGCUUCAGGCCAUCUCCACCUCUCCCAACAGCAGCAGCAUCAGCCCCGACUCUUUCAUAUCCCUUGCAACCGCACUGCCUCUCGCCUGCCGCCCCUUGCACGAUGCUCUCUAUGAGGCAGUGGCGGCUUACGUAGCAGCCAGGGGGUGGGGGGUGGGGGGGUCUGUGAAAGGAGGGGGGGAAGGAAGUGGAGGAGGGGAGAGAGGAGGCGAGGAGGUUAAACUCCUUGUUGGCCUGAUUCAGCCUGAGAAGCUUUCAGAGCCAGUCGCAGAUGCUGCCUCAUCCACCUCCCUCUGGCCGCCCUCCUUCACUGUAGCAGUGCUGACAUGGCAGAAACAGCUGCUCGCAAACCAUGCACAGCAGCUGAUGUCACGAGGCAGGGCGCUGCAGCAGCAGAGGGAGCGGGCAGAGAGGGAGAGGGAGCAGCUGCAGAGAGAGGGGCAACAAAUGCAGGCAGAGGUGGAGGAGGAGGAGGGGAAGGCUGUUGCUGUGAGGGCGGAUAUCAGGCAGGAGACUCACGGGCUUACGCAGGCUUUGGUGCAGGUGCGAUCAAGCAUAUCUGAUUUGGAACGAGACCUGAGUGUAGCACUUGAAUCCAAAGCUCGCCCCAAG